AUGAACGAUAGCGUGGUGAAGGUUGAAGAAACCGGCCCGAGGGAAGAGAGAAAAAAGAAACGCCCAGGUAAGCGCUCGAAGGCAGAACACAUUACUCCGGUGAAUAUUGGCUAUGUCAGCGAGGACUCCACUCCGUGGCAGGUGCAACAGCCUACGCAGCCACGAUCACCCUCUCCGAAGAAGCCAUCUCCGGGGCGCCCAGCAACUACACUUCGAAGGCCUAGCUACGAAUGGUCACGAACAUUAAGUGCUUCGCGACCGCCGACGGAAGAGGAACUGGCGGCUCAGGAACGCAGUGAGCGUGAAGCUACAGAGCAGAGGAACCGGCUCUUGGCUAGCCUGUGGAAUCAGAAUAAGGGACAAUCUUCCAAAGAGCCAAGUCAAAAGCGUCCAUCUUCGCCCAAGCAGUCUGGCCCGAGACCCUUCGACCCCCAAGAAGUGGCAAAAGAUGGCAGAGGCAAAGUUGUCUACGCGACAUCGCUGAAUGAUCCCCGGGCGCGGGGUCUUGCGCAAGGAAUCCCUCAGAACACCAGCGUAACAGCCACAGCCAAAUGGUUUGCAUCAAUAAAGGGCCUGGAUGACAGCGUCGUCGACGACACCCACGACACCGAUGAAGACAAAAAGAAACCCCUGAAACUUUUUCAACCGAAGAAGUCAAUGUAUAGAGACGAUCGCCCACCUUCACCUCAUCCGCAAGCUAAAGGACUACGUGAAAAAAACAAGGCAUAUAUGGACAGGAUCAUGGACAAUAGUCUCGUCGAAAAAGCAUUACGUCAUUUAGGGCGGAGCGGAAGUGAACCAAAACAGGAGGACAUCGAUGAUUAUGUCUUUCGCAAAAAAAGCUUGGACCGUAGCAGUCGCCAACACAGUUUCGACAGCAGCGAUGAUGAAUCGGACAAGGAUCUAGCUAUUCUCUCCGGUAAUGAAAGUGACCCUUCGGCGAGGUCACCGAGGUCACCCGAUCGUCGGCGACCGAGAUCCCCAGAGAAGAACCGCUCACCCAAGCAAGCGCGGCCGAGGUCUCCAGAGACGAAGCCUCCCGAGCGGGACCAGUCACGAUCUCCACAGCGUUUAAAUCCAGCCAAUGAGAAGCGAGAUCGUGCCCGGCUGAAUCUUGAUUGGAGAUGGAUGCGUUCGCAGAGCGGAGUCAGGGAUCAAAAGCGCCAAUCCGAGGGAGCCAAUCAGCAGCCGAGUGAGCAGAAGCCCCCGUCUUCAGGCCCGACGGGCGGUCGCCAAAAACCUUUCCACCCCAGUGAAUUGGGUCUCGGAGGCCGGACUUUCUACUAUGAAUCGGCAGAUCAGGUCCCGCCCGCGUGGAAAGAUCGAUCAGGCUCUGCGUCUGGGUAA